UUGCAAGCUUCAACGCCUUCUCAAAAUUAAACGCUCCGUUCGACUAUUUGUCCUGUUGUUUUCAUUCUUUAUCAACACUGGGUGAUACGAACUUGUAGAAAGUUACAUAUCGCUUGCAGAAUUGAGCCACUUUCGAGCUUGAGAAUCAUCCGCUUCCACUAUGGCCGCCCAGGGUUCCGAGAGCAUCAACCUUGAGACUCUUGAUGCUCAGCAGCUCAGUCAGGUGAAAAAGCAGUUGGAGGAGGAACUGGAGCACUUGACAAACUCCUUCGCCCAGUUGCACAGCGCCCAGGCCAAGUUCAAGGAAUGCCUUCGCUGCGUCAAGGCACGCCCUGGAUCGAAAGAAGGGGAAAAGUCUGUGCUAGUUCCAUUAACCAAUUCUCUCUACGUGCGUGGGGAACUAUCAGACCCUAAACAUGUCAUCGUCGACGUCGGGACUGGUUUCUAUGUUGAAAAGGACACCGAGUCAGCUGAGCGCUUCUACGAAGCGAAGGUACAGCAGCUUCUCAACAACAUCCAGGACCUUGAGGUCAUUGUGCAGCGAAAGACAUCGAACGUACGCAGCGUUGAGGAUGUAUUAAGGCAAAAGGUUAUGCAAAGUCAGGCAGUGUAAUGUAUAGUUUUUAUUAGUCUAAAGGCCUACACCUAGGCAUCCUAAUAGGUUAAAUUUCCUAUUACUUAAACCGUUAAAAUAAUUCUCUUUUAACUUAAUAUACA